AUGGCUUCGCAGACCUCGGAUCCGCAAAUAAACGGCGUGCCUUCCUCCUCGGCCGGCGCCUCUACCUCCCAGGCAGUCCCCAACACCCAAGUGACCGCCGCGGCGUCGGUAAUAGGCUCGCAACCCCCGUCCCAGUCACAGCCGACCCAAUCCUCAUCUACCCAACAAGCAUCACAACAAGCACAGCAAAACAGCUCACAGCAGCAGUCAACACCCCUCAACCCCAACGCCUCGGCCCCGCGGCCACGCGAUGCCCGCAUGAUCGAACUUCUCCUCACUUCCCAGGGCGUCACAUCCUACGAGUCGCGCGUACCCCUGCUCCUCCUCGACUUCGCCUACCGCCACACCUCGAGCAUCCUCUCCGAUGCCAUAUACCUGUCGGCGGACCCCUACACCUCGCAGGCCGGCUCCAAGGCGUCCGCCUCGGGCUCGGGCGCUGGCGCGAUCCCUGGCGCCGGGGGCGAUGCGGCCGUCAGCGCAAACGCCGUGAAGCUCGCCAUCGCCGCGCGGUUAGGCUACCAGUUCCGCGGGGGCGGUGGCGCGGGCGGCGUGUCCAAGGACUGGCUGCAAGAGCUCGCGCGCGAGCGCAACAAGACGGCGCUGCCCAAGGUCGCCCAGAAUGAGUGGGGUCUCCGGCUGCCCAGCGAGCGCUUCGUGCUGAGCGGUGUUAGCUGGGGGCUUAAGGAUGUGUGGGAGGAGGCGGGCAUUGAUGAGGACGAGAACGAGGACAGCGAGGACGGCGCCGGCGCGGCUGGUGGCGACAGUGCCAUGGAGGGCGUGGAGGCGACGAACGCGACGGCCGAUGAGGACAUUGGCGGCGACGGCGUUGAAGGCGGCACGAUGGAGGACGUGUUCGGCAAGGACGUUGACGAGGACGCAGAGAUGGAGGGCACGUCUUAG